GCCAGGCCGAGAAAGAUUUCAGGGUGGAGGUUGCCACGAUCGGGCGCGUUCGGCACAAGAACCUGGUCAGCUUGCUCGGGUACUGCAGCGAGGGGCCGUGCAGGAUGCUCGUCUACGAGUAUAUGGAGAACAGUAACCUCGAGAAGUGGCUGCACCAUGACGACGGUGAGGUUAGCCAGCUGAGCUGGGAUACGAGGAUGCACAUACUCCUCGGAACUGCUAAAGGGUUGGCGUACCUUCACGAAGGGUUGGAGCCCAAGAUAGUUCAUCGCGACGUCAAAUCCAGCAACAUCCUCCUGGACGGGCAGUGGAACGCCAGGGUGUCGGACUUCGGGCUCGCCAAGCUGCUCUGCUCUGAGAGGUCCUACGUCACCACUCGUGUCAUGGGAACAUUCGGGUAUGUGGCACCUGAGUAUGCAAGGACAGGGAUGCUGAACGAGAGGAGUGACGUGUACAGCUUCGGCGUGCUGGUCAUGGAGAUGAUCACGGGCAGAACUCCAGUGGACUACACCAGGCCAACCGCAGAGGUGAACUUGGUUGAGUGGCUGAAGCGCAUGGUGGCGGAGAGGAGGGUGGAGGAGGUGGUGGACCCGAAGCUGCCGGAGGCGCCGCCCUCCAAGGUGCUGAAGCGCGCCAUCCUCGCCGCGCUCCGGUGCGUCGACCCCGACGGCGGCCAGCGCCCCACCAUGGGGCACGUGGUCCACAUGCUCGAGGACGACCUGAGGUUCAGAGACGAGCUCCAGCUCGCGCGGGAUCUGUCGCCUCACGCGUCGUCGUCGUGGGAGGAAAGCUACGCCUACGAACGCGAUGAGCACUGAACGCCACGGACGGGCGGACGGAUGAUCAAUGGGUCGUUGCGAGGUGGAGGUUCUGACUUCUGAGUUCGUAUGGGCACCGUGCUUUUCCCCCCUUCGCAUUGACAGGAUUGUAGCCAAAUGUUCUUGUACAAGCAGCUAGUCGAUAUAAUCUCUCUUUCUUCGCCCGUUAAAUUUUGUUUGCAUGGCGGCAUUGGUUCAAUCGCACAGCUAAUUCAUAGUACUCAAUUGCUCGACACUUAAGAGCUUCUUUAUAUGAUCAAA